UGUCCACAUAAUGGAUAACACGCAGAUAGAAUAUUACGUCUAUGUUAAACGCAAGAGCAGAUAUCUCACUAAAUUCCUGUUAUUCUUACAAGUUUAAAAAUGAUAUAACGCAAAAAUGGGUGGCGCAUUUUCUGGAAUUUGAUAACAAUUUAAAUAAUGAGAUAAUGACAUCUAUGAGAUAAUAUGACAGGAAUAGAGUGCUGAAAUAUAAGACAGAUCGAGGGCAUUUUGUGUUAUUUUGUUUGUUCAAAAUUUCCUCUUCAAAAAUGACCGACCUCGGAAUGACAAGAAGCAACUACAUCUUGAAGCGUUUGCUGCUUCUCCAAACCAUGGAAGCACCGACAAUAUCAGACGCUAAGAAAAAUUUCGGAGAAGAUUUAGCUCAGAAAAUUUUCUGCAAUUGCGAUCCCAAUUUUCUAGAAGAUUUUGGACUGGAACCGCCCCUGAAAGGGCCCAUGGGCGGGGACUUGUGGACUUCCCCUAGUGACUUAUUGAUAGGAAAAGUUUGCCUCAAACCACCCUUGACUUCGAAGCAUAUCAGGGCUUUGACACACCAAGGAAUUAUGGAUAUCGGGUUGAAAAUAGAGAAACUCUUUUGGAACCAGGUGGAAAUAGAGAAAAGCAAAGAAAUGGAGGAACAAGAUAGAACACUGAGAUUGCUUUGCGAAACUUCCAAAAAGGAAGCCAUUGCCGAAGUGCAAGCUAGGAUGUUGGAAGUGUUCAGAAGACAGAGACUAGAGCUAAUAAACGAAAUGGAGGGUCUCUGUAAAGAAGAGAUAAAAGGAAUGGAGAUGAGGCAUUACUUACACCUCCAGGAUGAACUGAAAGAACAGGCCAGGGAACUCGAGCAGCAUUAUCUGGCUAAAAUGGAGGAAGAAAUCUCGAAAACUAGCGAAGUAAUGAUUGUGAAAUCUUCUGCCAACUUGGAGGAAUUGGAGGCGGCCAUGAAAAAAGCUUUCCAAGCGCAACUUCAAAAAGCGGACAUCCACGCCCGUUUCGAAAUACAGAAGGAGCAAACAAAGUGCAGGGAGAAACUGAAGGCCCUUCAACACGAUCUGGAAUGUAAAAAUUUGGCGAACAUGAUGUAUCUGAUAUGCAUGGAAAGAAAGAAAUGCAGCUUCGAGAAGGUAACCACUGAGAAGCAGUUUACGCAAGAAAUCCACGAACUGAGCGGAAUCAUUCGCGAUAAAGAUGAGGAGAUAGCUAGGAUCAAAGCCGAGAGAGACAAGCACAAGAAAGAGGUGGAAUUGAGGGAGGAGGCACUACUGGAAAUUAUCAAAGAGUUCCAGAAGUUCAUCAACUUUGCUCUAAAAUCCGUUCCAAAGCAAGCCGAGUACCUUUUAUCCGCCGAGAAACUUAUGGUGUUUGAACUCACGGAUGCUUUAUCGAAGGUUGAAGUACCCAAAGACAGAGACGAUGACCACGAUCGUAACUACUUGUGGGACAAAACACCAGCCAUAUCGGAUUCCACUGGUUCAUCUUUGAAAGUCAAAGACGGUCACGACUGCCUAAAACAGCCGGAAAUAAGCGAAAGCGAAUUAUCGAUGGGCCAGUUCCUCCCUGGUUUCUACUACAACGAUCAACUUUUCGUCAGGGAAGAUUUCAGGAACAUGAUUUCGCAAGGGAUAACGAUCAAGGAGAAUAACAUGUUGUGGACCAAACAUGUACAGAACGUUAUGGAUCAUUUGGAGCAGCCUUGUCAGUCGUGUAUGUUUAACGAGAAGAAAGAUAACAAUGGAAAGUAUAUAGAAAAAAGGAAAUCCAUUGUUUCCUACCAGUCAAGCGUCCACUUCUCGAUGAAGGAAAAAGAUAAACCUUCGAUGAUGUCAAUGGAAAAAGACAAGAAACUCAGGAGGGCGUCCCUUAAACCAGUCGAACCGGAAGACAUAAUUCAAACCAUAGAUUUUAGUCACAUCGGCUCGGAAGAAAAUAGGAAAACUCUAAUAAGCGCCAAGAAUUCCGUGGAAGUUCUCAAAGAAAGCAUCAUCAGAAGAAAAUCGUCCUUGAAAAGUGAAGAUAUCGAAAAAGUAAAACUGCGAGAGGAAGAAAUGUACACAGUGGAUAAUCUGUCUGAAGAAAAAGAAAUUCCACCAAUUGACACCGAAUCAAGAUUAUAUAUUGAAACAAGAGAUUCCGUUAUCAAAACCAAAGUGCAUCAAGUUAUUGGAUCUAUAAGUGACGUAAGACCAUUGAAAGAGGAGCAUGAACCGCAGAGAAAUACCUCUAAACUUACGAUGACUACAGAUUCGGUGGAAGUGCUGAAGAAAAGAGAUUCGGUCUUGCCAUCUAAACAGUUACGUCAGGACAUAAAAUGUGCCUUAUCAGACUGCAACAUCUUGAAUUAUAAGACUAGUUCAGAAGAAGCGAUAACAAAGAUUACAGAAGGUCGACAUCCUAAGGAAGAUGAUGUGGAAAUUGAACAUAUAAUUGAACCUCCCAGAAGAAUAUCGAUUGCUUUCACUGGCAGAUCUAUCAUUUACGAGAGAGAGGAGGACGACGAUUUAGAAUCCAAGGAAGAGGUGCAAAAAUUCAAGAAGCUUCCUGUCAAAUCCAAGAAAACGAAGACUAAAUCGUAUAGGUCAAAGAAAAUCAGCAGUAAUAAGGAUAAACCUAAAUCUACAAUACACACCAAGGUGCAGAGGGAACAAGAGGAAAAGCAUGGAAUAAUCAAGACUCCCAAGGUGAUUAUGGGUGAUUCAAACAUGCAAUUUUUUAAUGAGAGUGACAGACAAUUCACAUCGAACCGCAUUAAAUCAUUUGUAAAUAUCUUGAAAGAUCAUCCGAAUCUUAUUAGGUUAUUCACGUCUGUUACAAGAUAAUUUUUUUAAUAAAUAUUUGAAUUAUC